AACAUUUGUUUCCACAGCAUAUCUCUAAUUAUAGGAUAUUGAAUAAGAUACUGUUAGCAUGGGUUGCUGCUACAGUGCUGCAAGGUCUAUGCGAGGAGAUGAACCACCUCAACCAUCAAAGUGGAAACCAUUGGAGAAAAGAUCAUGUACUGAUGUCAUUCCACUCAUUGUAUUCACUUUAUUCUUUAUUGGAAUGAUGCUGAUUGCUGGUUUCGCAAUCGUUAACGGAGCAGCUUAUCGAAUGAUAAAUGGUUUUGAUAGCUACGGGAACGUUUGCAGUAAAAAGAACACGCCCAUUUCAAGUCACCCAUUAUCCGGGCUUGACCAAACUGGAAAACCAUAUGUGUUCUUUAUGAAUGUGGCAAAUGGUUACAAAUCUUUGGAAAUCUGUGUUUCAAAAUGUCCAGAUCGAGAACUCUACUCCAUGAACGAUGUGCACAACUUUUUCCUUGAGACCGGUUCCCAACUUUGUGAUUACAGUUUACCACCAGACCAAUAUUUAAGCAGUGCUGCUGCCAGUAGUACAACUGGACCCUGUCCUGUGUUCCCAGUUUUAAGAAGUUCUCAAGUCCUAUACCGGUGCGUGCCAGACAACAUUGGAACUUUUCUUAUUGAUCUUCUGGUCAACAGUCUCGACCCAGUAAACAGAAUCAUAAGCGAUAUUUACUUGUGCAGAUAUUCCAUCAUCGGAUUAUGUUUCUUGUCGCUUUUUGUGGCGUUCAUUGUGGUUUUGCUUCUCCGUUACUUGGCCAGUGUUGUAGUUUACAUUAUAAACAUUGUGGUGGUGAUAGCAUCUAUUGCUGGUACAUCUAUGCUAUGGUGGAUGUACGCAACAUCCCUUAAUUCAAUCAACACAGCACCUCCUGAGAAACUUUCCCAGAGUAAAGCUGACAGUCAAGCUCUACUAUGGUACUCCAUUGCUGCCACUGUUGUUACUGUUGUGUUACUUCUCCUUAUACUCGUCAUGAGAAAAAGAGUCGCUCUCACAGUCGAUUUGUUCCAUGAAGCUGGUAAGUGCAUGGUACACAUGCCUGCCUUGAUGAUUCAACCAUUGUGGACUUUUCUUGUCCUUAUUAUGUUCUGGAUGGGAUGGGUUGUUGUGUUUGGAUUCAUUGCAUUUUCAGGCACUAAGGUGAUGGACCCCAUUCACCCUGGUUGGGUACGUUACAAUGCAACUGCUCCCAUUCAUUACAUGUGGUGGUAUCAUGUAGUAGGGCUAGUGUGGGUAAGUGAGUUCAUAUUAGCUUGUCAGCAGAUGGUGAUCGCUGGUGCUGUGGCAAAGCAUUACUUUACAAGAGAUAAGAAGAAGUUGGGAGCUCCCAUCAUCUCCUCCAUGGGGAGGUUGAUCUCUAACCAUCUUGGAUCUUGUGCUCUCGGAUCAUUCAUCAUCAUCUUAGUGAAGAUUCCUCGGUGUAUCCUGAUGUACCUCAGCCGGCAGAUCAAGGACUCACCGAACAUGUUAGCAAAACUGAUGGUCAAAUGUUGCAUCUGUUGUUUAUGGGUGUUGGAGAAAUGCCUAAGGUACCUCAACUAUAAUGCAUAUUCUCUUGUUGCAAUAAAUGGAACCCACUUUUGUAAAUCAGCAUGCGAUGCUGUGGCCACCUUGCUUUCAAAUGCAUUGAGGGUAAUUGCCAUUAACUCGGUUGGGGCAUUUGUUCUGUUUCUGGGCAAACUACUGGUGGUAGCGAUAGUAGCUGGCGUUGGUGGAAUUCUGGUGGUCAAAUUUCACCCGAAUGUAAACUACAUAGCAGCCCCUGUUGGUUUAAUUGCCGUAUUCUCAUACCUCACUGCGCACUGCUUCAUAUCUAUAUAUGAGAUGUCUAUUGACACCUUGCUGUUGUGUUUCUGUGAGGAUAGUCGAGUAAACGAUGGAACGCCUGGAAAAGAGUAUUUCAUGCCUAAGUCACUCAUGACCUAUGUUAAGAACAGCAGCAAACACAUUAGCAAGCUUGAAGGUAAAUCUCACAAAAACUCAGAGAAUGAAGAAAGCAUGAGACUUGAGAGCCCUAAUGCUUGAAGCACUUGAACAUAAUGUGUAAAAUUAUUGGGAAUGAAUUUUUAUUGUGGGUAUGGCCGUAUGGACUUUAUGUACUGUAUGUACUAUGGGGUGAUGGAAGUGUUUUUGUUGUAUGCAAAUAUCUUGUUUUGUUGAGGUACCUUCAUUCUUUUUACUUUUUAAUUCCCAUCAUGCUAAAAGCUUAAUUUCUACUUUUUUUAUAUCAAUAUUAUUUUCUUACAAUGGACUGAAAGGGUCGUGCAGGUCGUAAAACAAUAAUAGUUGUGUUAACCUGAAUGUAUGGAACAUGUUAUUACAAGUGUACUCUUAAAAAAAACUCUGAAGCAAACCCUUAUUCUACAGAUCAAACACCAAAUACACUUUUUUCAAUUAUAAUGAAAUGCCAUUUAAAGAGUGGUGCUGUGACCAACUUAAACUUUUUUCAUGUAACACCAUUUCUGUUUGUAUAAAAUUACUUUAACAUUCGGUGCAUGCAUUUUUUAACAAAUAGUUAAAUACAUCUUCUGUAAUUUUAUAUUUUCAUCCCAUUGUGAACAUUAGAUGCGUCAUAUUAUGUUUUUUUAGGUUUAUUAAAAAUGUACGACUUUACUGUAAGUAAGAACUAUUUACCUUGAAAAGUAUAAAUUUGAACUGCGUUAUGGUGAAAAUAAUUUGGUUACGUCGAACUUGUAAAAAUUGCACCUUAAGAUUUUUAAUAAACAAAAAUCAAGAUA